AUGGCAGACCAGGACGAUUUCGCAGGAACAGUCAGCUCACAGUACAAACCCCAAGGUCCCUCCAAGACCAUUGAAGAGUAUGCGCAACUCGACGCAAACGAUGAAUCACUCAACAAGUGGAAGGCAAGUCUAGGCAUCACCUCCACCACCACUCCCAUCAUCCUCGACCCUUCAACACCUGCAAAAGUCCUCAUUGACUCCAUCUCUCUGCAUGUCGCUGGCAGACCAGACAUUACCGUUCCCUUGAAAGAUGCAGCAGCCAUCAAGAAACUCAAGGAAACACCCUUUAUUGUGAAAGAAGGUGUCGUGUACAGCCUCACCAUUCGUUUCAGAGUGCAGCGUGAUGUUGUGAGUGGUCUCAAAUACCUACAAGUCGUGAAGCGGUCAGGCAUUAAGCUUGAUUCAGUGGAGGAGAUGCUGGGUAGUUAUGGCCCUGCUGAACAAAUCUAUGCGAAACGGCUCGCUGAAGAGGAAGCGCCAUCGGGGAUGUUGGGUAGGGGCAGGUAUGAUUGUCGCUCGCGGUUUGUGGAUGAUGACGGGCAUGUCCACCUUGACUUUGACUGGAGCGUCAAGAUUGAGAAGGAGUGGAAGGACAAGUGA